GUUUCAAUUGGUAAAAUGCUGCUGAUAUCGCUUACACUGAUGGCUUUCGGCCUGGCCCAAACGAUGCCCAUCGAAGAUGCCGAAACGCCGGCGACCAGCGAAGCGCCCGAUUCGGGGCGAGUGGUCUUCGAUCAGCGACAGACGGGCAGAUUCAACAUCCACGUGAGCAUCAAGGAUGUGGCCAUCAUCGAGGUGGGCCAGAAUGGGUUAGCUGAGGAGACGUAUAACGAUGAGGAGGACUACUACUAUGAUGACAGUGCGUUGACCGUCAAACCGAUUAAGUUAACCACAGAGGCAAGCAGCAGCAGUAGCACCACGACCCCCACCACAACGAGCACCACAUCGAUGGCAGCGCCGCCAGAGAGCACUGUAUCUACAGUGGCCACCGCAAGCGAUGCAAAACAAAAUUCCAGCUUUAGCUCUAAUCUUUUGGCCGACAUUGCGGCCAGUUUAUCAUCGAAGCCCAAGUCCAGGCUAAACAAUCUGAUGAUCGUGGAGACGCCAAUUGGUGGGACGACUAAGCCCCAGCACCACCACCCACUGCAUGGUCGAUCCAAGGAUAUACCCAUUAUGGCCGCCGCAGCUGCUGCAGCUUCAAUUACACCGCCCACUUUGCCCGAGAGCAUCGAGUACACCCCGCCCAAAGGUCACAACUCGCCCAUUUUCAAGGUGAAGGUUCAACGAUCCUCGAUGCCGGCCACCAAGAAGCCCGCCCGCUGCAGAAAUCAUCAGGUGCGCGAUGCCCAGGGCAAGUGCUCCGACUCGAUCUACAGAAAGCUGUACAGCAUGCUGAUGGGAAUGAAUUUCCCCUUUUUGGCAACGGCCAAUGCGGAAAGUGCCUGAUGACUUAACACUUUAAUUUCGAUAUAGUUUACUCAGACAUAGA